UUUGUUGUUCGGCAACAUGGCGUCGCUCAGUCUGUGAGUGGGGAUCUGUCGUAUGGGGAAGUAUUGUCAACUUGACCACUUGCGGUUACUCCUCGCUGUGAUUUGUGCCCGAUUUCGGUGUAAGGGGAGCCGCGCUCGGCUGGAAAAUGUCCGGUGAAGGGGGGAAGAAGCAGUUCUGGAAGCGGAAUGUUUCCAAGGUCCCAGGCAGUAUACAACAUGUAUAUGGAGCUCAACAUCCACCAUAUGAUCCUCUGUUACAUGCAAACUUGCUCAAAGCAAAUUCAAAGCCACAAUCUCUAUCACUAAGGACAAAGAAGAUUACGACUUUCCAAGAGUUUGAGAGUAUUACAAGUGAUGCUUGGGAUGUUGGUGAUGAUGAUGAUGAACUCUUAGCAAUGGCUGCUCAGAAUCUGAACACAGAUGUUGUAAUGGAAACGGCGAAUAAAGUACUUCAGAUUCAUAGUAAACUGCAAGAACAGAAGCAGCAGGACAACCAACUAGAGACAUUGCCUGCUCGAUUAGACCAUUUGGAACAAGCAGACAAUAAAACUGACAGAGUAAAGCCUACCAGUGCAGUUGAACUUAAUAUAUCAGCUUUCGAUAAUUUUGAGAAGACUCCUCUUCAGAGGCAGCAGUCUGUUCCUCCUCGAUCAACAAUUCCUUUGGUAGCAAGAAUAACAGACCAUAAUAUCUCUGCUCCUUUGAUGACAGAAAGAGAAAUGUUUCGACUAGAGAAAUUCAGGCAGCUUUUGGCAGGUCCAAACACUGACUUAGAAGAGUUGAGGAAGUGCAGCUGGUCUGGAAUCCCAAGACAGGUCCGACCAAUUACGUGGAAACUUCUUUCAGGUUACUUACCUGCAAAUGCAGAAAGGAGAGAAAGCACAUUACAGCGGAAGCGAGCGGAGUACUUUGCUUUUAUCGAACAAUAUUACGACUCUAGAAAUGAUGAGCACCAUCAAGAUACUUAUAGACAGAUUGCCAUAGAUAUUCCUCGUAUGACUCCUGAGAGUUUAAUACUACAACCAAAAGUAAGAGAGAUCUUUGAACGCAUUCUUUUCAUAUGGGCGAUAAGGCAUCCUGCCAGUGGAUAUGUUCAAGGGAUAAAUGACCUUGUCACACCUUUCUUUGUAGUCUUCGUUUUUGAGCAUAUUGAAGGAGAGGUGGAAAAUUUUGAUGUUUCCAGUCUGCCUGAUGAAGUACUGCAAAACAUUGAAGCUGAUAGUUUCUGGUGCAUGAGCAAAUUACUUGAUGGCAUUCAGGACAACUACACUUUUGCACAACCAGGGAUUCAGAGGAAAGUCAAAGCAUUGCAGGAGCUCGUUAGUCGGAUCGAUGAACAAGUACAUAAACACUUGCAACGAUCAGAAGUUGAAUACCUGCAGUUUGCUUUUCGAUGGAUGAAUAACCUACUGAUGAGGGAACUUCCCUUACGAUGUACCAUUAGGUUAUGGGACACAUACCAGUCUGAACCAGAAGGAUUCUCACAUUUCCACUUGUAUGUUUGUGCUGCCUUCCUUGUCAAAUGGAGAAAACAAAUAUUGGAAGAAAAAGACUUUCAGGGACUGAUGAUUCUUCUGCAGAACUUACCCACAAUGCACUGGGGGAACGAGGAAAUCAGUGUUCUUCUCGCAGAGGCUUACAGACUCAAAUAUGCAUUUGCAGAUGCACCGAAUCACUACAAACGAUGAGACCAAAUAAGAGAAAAGAAAUUUAAAUAUGAAAGUUCUAAUUUUUCAUCAGUGUCUCAGUUCUUUGUUGUAACCUUAACCCCAUUCAUCUGGACUUGGCAUAUUGUAUUUAAUGCUGUAAUUGAGUUAUUUUGCUCAUUUAGAAACAAAAAAUACAAGUAUCAAUUUUAUGUAAAUUUUUCACCGCUUAUAUCAAACUGCAGGCAAGCUGCCAUCGCUAAUGGGUAAGCUAACGAUGAAGAAAUAAGUCAAGUUCCUUUGCUUAAGGAUGGGAUAUUUUGAAUAUAAUGGUAUCUGAGUCUUUCUGAAUAUUCUUCUGAGGAUUGGCUUUAUUUUUAUCUGCCCCUUCUUAUUUUUAGUCAAGGUGCUUGGGAGCACAAGAUUCUGCCUUAACUCAGGCCGUAGCAAAUAUAAUUGUGCCACACGAUAUAGGGAAUUGAUAAAGUCUUUUGGGCUGUCAAUUCAAGGAAAGAGCCCAUUUACAGAGGAUUGUCAUCGCACUCUUCAAAAUAGCUUACUUGAAUCCAGAAAAGACAGCUAACUUUAAGCAGUAGGAUUAUAAAAUCACUGUUGAUUUCCUAUGACCAUUUACCGAAGUUGAAAUAGUGCCUGACAUUAAUGAAAUGUACCCAUAAAUGAACUAUUUAUGACCUCUUUAUUAAAAUCUGCUAUUGCUAAAUAUCUGAAAUAUUUGUCUUCAUGUAAAAUGUUGCUUUAAGAUCAAUUAUGUAAUAUUUCUUGUAUAGUCUGGUUUAAGAUUGAAAAUUAAUUAGUUUUCUAAUGGAUUGUUUCUUUCCAGUUACAGUGAUGUCCAGUCAUUCAACUGUAAUAUACCAAAGACACUAUCAUAGCACUUAUUAUCUGUGGCUAUCUCACAUACAGGAAUUGUAGAACACAGUCUUUGUAAUGCCAUGGUCUUCCUUUUUCCUUCCCCCAGGGACAACGUCAGAAAGGCCUUAAGGUCUACUUUCUGCUAAGGUGAUUCAGAUACUUAACUAUUGCAGUGAAACAUUCACAGUGCAAUUUAGGAAUUGUGCAGUGCCGAGGCUGUUUGUGAUUAUGCUACUUACAUUAUUGUAAAUACAACUGUGAUCUGUAACUGAAAUAAACCACAAGAUAAAA